UUCCGCGUUCACUGUCAGAAGAUGGUGGGGGAAGAAGGCCGGGCCACACUCUCGUGACUUCAAACGAUUUGAUAAUGUCAGGAAACUUAACUCUUAAGUCUUCUAAAUUGGUUCCCAUUUGUGUUGUAUGAGUGGGACAAAUCAGUUGAAGAUUCAAUCAAUGAACAUCAUUGUUUCGGCCGUCUCUUCAAACGACUCCGUGUUACUAGCGGCUUCUUCAAUUUCUUUUGACUAACUAAUUUGUUUUAUCCCAAAUCCAUUGUUUCCGGCCCGCCAAUUUCUCUCUGUUUCUGCAAUGGAAGCUCCGUCGACUGCCGAUGAGGACAGAGACAUGGAGGAGCCACUGUUGAAGAGCUCCGAUGGCAAGGGAGGCCUCAGAACUUUGCCUUUCAUAAUCGCGAAUGUAGCACUUGAGAAGGUCGCCAGUCAGGGUUUGACGCCCAGUAUGAUACUCUAUUUGACUAGGGUUUACGGAAUGGAGUCCGCCGCUGCUUCCACAGUCAUCUUCCUCUGGUCUGCCGCCUCCAAUUUCACUCCGAUCAUCUGUGCUUUUCUCGCCGAUUCCUAUCUCGGCCGGUUUCCCAUCAUCGCGGCUGGCUCCGUCGUCAGCUUUCUGGGAAUGUUUGUUUUAUGGCUAACUGCGACAAUUCCACAAGCAAGGCCUUUCUGUGAUGAACUUAGUGGCCAUUGCAACGCCCCGUCGACGCCCCAACUAUUGCUCUUAUAUUCAUCUUAUGCAUUAAUGGCUAUUGGAUCUGGUUGCCUUCAAUCAUCCUCCAUAGCCUUUGGUGCAGAUCAGUUGUUAAAGAGUUCAGGCACUCUUAAAAAUUAUUUCAGCUUGGUUUAUAUGGCGCAAUCAGCUGGAGUACUUGUAGGAAUGUCGUGUAUCGUGUAUAUUCAGGAUCAUGUGGGAUGGGCGAUGGGCUUUGGAGUUCCUGUUGCUUGCAUGUUAUUUUCUUCAAUUGCUUUCCUCUCAGCCUCACCCCUGUAUGUGAAGUCAAUGCCUAGCUCCAGUUUGUGUACUGGUCUUGUGCAAGUCGUCGUGGCCUCUUAUAAGAAGAGGCGUAUGAAAGUACCAUCCACAGACACAUAUGAAAUCUACCACCACAACAACGGAUCACCUCAUCUCAUGCCAAGUGACAAGUUAAGGUUUCUAAACAAAGCAUGCAUCAUUAGCAAUUCUGAGGAAGAGCUAACUUCAGAUGGAAGGGCUUCAAAUCCUUGGAGCCUAUGCACUGUAGAUCAAGUUGAAGGCCUGAAGGCGUUGAUCAGGAUAGUACCAUUGUGGUCUACAGGAAUCCUUGUUGCUGUAGGUGUGAAUCAAUCAUUUUAUGUUCUCCAGCUUGCAUCUAUGGAUCGACACCUUACUCCAACUUUUGAAGUUCCUGCAGGCUCGUUUGGUGUAGUGCUAAUCGUUUCUCUAAUAAUAUGGAUUAUAUUAUAUGAUCGUUUGAUCCUCCCUUUGGUAUCAAAAAUCAGGGGAAAACAAACUCGUCUAAGUCGGAAAACAAGAAUGGGAAUUGGGAUCCUUUUCUGCACCUUCAGUUUGGUGGCAACGGCAAUUGUCGAGACUAAUCGACGUGCCAUGGCCAUAAAGGAAGGCUUCUCUGACGACCCAGAAGCUGUGGUAAGCAUGUCAGCAUUUUGGACGCUACCCCGUUACAUCUUCUUGGGUAUGUCGGAGGGUUUCAGCGCUGUCGGGCAAAUCGAGUUCUUCUACUUUGAGCUGCCAAGAGCCAUGUCCAGUGUAGCAACCUCUCUUUUUGGACUGGGUAUGUCUGUAGGCAACUUGGCUGCUAGUUUUAUAAUGACAAUCGUUGAUAAUUUCUCUAAGACAGGUGGCGGAGAGAGUUGGGUUUCAACAAACAUCAAUAAUGGUCACUGCGAUUACUACUAUUGGCUGCUCUUUGCUCUGGUCUUUGCCAACUUCCUGUAUUUCCUUGUCUGUAGCAAGUCUUAUGGCCCCUCCAAGGAAGAAGCAAGUGAUGAAUCUAAUGCUGAAGAUGAAAACAAUAUUUUACAUUAGUUUAGUUGUUAUUAUUUUGGUUUCUAUAAAUGAGGUUUAAGACCAACAAUGAAGAGUAUCUUGAGAGAAUUUAUACCACUGGACAAUUUGGUUGUGAUUGUUUAUAUGUAUGAUGCUGACCAAGUUUGACAUUUUAUAAACUGGGUUAGAUAUGUUAAUGUUGUAUUUUCUCGUAUGAGAGUUUGAAGGUUUAGUUUUUACGAUUAAACGUUGUAACAAUCACUAUAUCGUGCCGUUUGUUGUAAUUUGAGUGCAGAUUCACUAUAAA